GAUAAAAUAAUAUUAACAAUUGUUAUUUAAUUUUGUUAUAAUAGAUCGUAGAUCUCAUUUAGUUCUCAAAAUGAAUUCCAAAGAAUUAACGCCAUUAAUUAAAAAAGAAAUUUUAUACGUAGGAAAGGAAUACAUUCCUUUAACUCCUGGAACGAGGGUUAAAUUUCAUUUUCAAACUAGAAGAUGUGACAAUAAAAAGCUAUUAGACGAUAGUCGUAAAAUAGAUCAACCUAUGAAAUUAGUUUUAGGUAAAAAAUUUAAAUUAGAAGUAUGGGAGGUUGCCGUCCAGAAAAUGGCCUUAAAUGAGGUAGCAAAAUUCACUGUUGACAAAUCGUUGGUUACCCAAUAUCCGUUUAUCUCAAAAACAUUAAGAGAUGUUAACAAAAAAGUUGAAGAAAGAAGACAUUGUUGUGGUAUGACAUUACAAAACGAAGGAAUCGGGUACGAAGAUUUGGAUGAAUUAUUUGCAAACCCUUGUGACCUAGAAUUCACUAUUGAAUUGAUAUCUAUUGAGUUGCCAGAACAAUAUCAGAAAGAACGAUGGCAAAUGACAGAUGAUGAAAAAUUAACAGCAAUCAAGGACCUAAGAGAAAAAGGAAAUGAUUUAUACAAAACCAAAGACAUAAAAAAUGCUCAAGAUUGUUACAUGCAAGCUUUGGGUAUGAUUGAACAAUUGAUGCUUAAGGAAAAACCACAUGAUACAGAAUGGCUUGAGUUAGCUGAAAUGAAGGUUCCACUUUUACUAAAUUUUUCCCAAUGUCGCCUUAUAGAUAAUGACUAUUAUGCUGUAAUUGAACACUGCAAUGAGGUUUUACAGUUGGAUCCUAAUAAUGUAAAAGCCUUGUUUCGUCGCGGUAAAGCCCAUUUGGGCGUAUGGAAUCCAGACCUAGCAAAGAAAGAUUUACAAAAAGCAGCUGAACUUGAUCCGGUACUUAAAAAUGUUGUGGCCAAAGAAUUAAAUAAUCUUGCUGCACAACAGAGAAAGCGAGAUGAAGAAGAUAGAAAAGAAUUAAAAAAAUUAUUUUAGUGUUAUUGUUGAUAGUUUAGCUAUGUAGUUAGUUUCUUAUUUUUUAUUUAUAUACACAUACAUGCUUAUCUACAUAAUAUUUGGAAUAUGUAAGUAUGUAACGUUUGGCAGAUAAAUGUAUAAGUACAAAAUUAGUUCUUAUAAUCGUGUGCAAUUUGUAUAUUUGCUUGUUUUCUUAUUUUAAGAAUAUAUAAAUGUAAUUUAUGUUAAACGGA